AUGCGUACAUCGAGCAAUACGAGCAGAAACAGUUUUAGCCCGUCCGCAGAUAUAGCCUUGAGAAGAGCCAUCUUCAACAUCCUCUGUAAAAGAGCUGGAAUGUUAAAACCAGAUGCUUCGGUGCAGGUGAAGGUUCUUCAUGAAGACUUUCUCAAAUUAGAUGAGUCCUUUGAUGGCAUCCAACAAAACUUAUCGCGUGAAGAAACUUGUGACAAAGAAGUGACCCUGGUGAUAAACAUCCAGGGAAGCUGCUCGACCAGAACAACAAGCCACUCUAUCAAAGUCUGCUACUGCUUCUCAGCAGCCAAAUCACUUAGCCUCCCUUACCCACACCCACCAGCAUGA